AUGGCAGCAAAGCGCACCUUGCUUCGGUUGCAGCUGGUGCCCGGUCAUGGCGCUGGCUCGCUUCUCACACGAAGCUUUGCAACCACAGCUUCGGCCUCAUCGAACAAGUGGAAGUUUGACGAAGAUAAGGCCCCGCCUUUCCGGUCGCAGCCGUCGUCGUCCGACUCGUCACCAUCGUCAUCGAGAGGUAGACCUUCCUCGUCCAAAGUGACGGACGAUCGCUUCGAGUCGACGUCAAGAUCUAGAUCUUCGCCCGUCAGCACGUCAGAUGACCGCUUCGAUCCGUCGUCGAGGUCUAGGCCGUCCUACCCGAGCGCUACGAACGGCCGCUUCGAAUCUUCAUCAAGAUCUAGACCUUUCCCUUCAGCCAGACCAAAUGACAGCUUUGAAUCAGCACCGUCGCAGCCUGACUCGGCUCUUGGUCGAACCGUCUUCGUUCGCACCAAGAGCGGAAAGAACCUCGUCUCGGUCGUUCACACGCUCUCACUACUCUCGCAGCUUGCAGCCAAAUUUGGACCCAUCCAGCACUUUCACUUCCCGCGCGAGCCCUCCUCGCAGAGGCUGCUGGGCUAUGGUAGCGUCACCUUCUUCGACAAGGACGGCCUCAACAAGGCGCUCUCCAACGAUGGUGUCCACACCGUCACCCUGCCGCCUCUGGUUCCUUCUCGCGCACCGCGCACGUACCUCUCCGACAAAGAGCAUGCUCGCCUCGUAGGCAUGGACCCGCUCAUCAGCUGUGAAGCUCCCAGCCAGCAAGCGAAAGCCUCUCAUACCUUCUUCUCGUCUCGCUCUCUUCAAAACCCGGCAUCGAUGCGUCCCGGGUGGAACGACGUCGCUGCCCUCUGCAACAUGGAAGGAGCAACACAGACGCGCCACUUUGUCGACGAAUCCCAAGCCACCAACGAAACACCGCAAGACGCCAUCAUCGCCCACGACUCUCCCUUCUACCUCUCCACAUCUCCUGUCUCAAUCGAGGUCAAGAUGGAGCGCAGAACCUCGUCGGUCACAACACGACCCGGUGCACGCGCUGAGGGUCGACUCCGCGGCAACCCACAGAGCAUCAGUCUGCACACCAAGGUUCGGGCUGCCCUCAAACAGUUUGGCGGUUUCAGCAACGUCAUCGAGGACCAGGGCCUGUUGAGCAAGCCUCUCGACUACCCAAAUCAAGACGGCGACGGCACAGACUCACGCUUCGUCGGUCGCGAUCGUGCCAAGCGUGAACUCGCCAAGAUGCAGCCGCGCAAGACACGACGUGGACAGCACUGGCUCACCAAUCGCGUCGAUCCUCGCGGUCGCAGGCACUUCUCCACCUCCGCUAUCGUACCGGACGUCGAGCAGGUCAAAGCAAAGCGCAAGGCGGAAUGGCAGCGCAAUCGACAUUCCAACUUUGUCGACCAGCUGUAUCUGCGUCUCACGGGUGGCAAGGGCGGCGAUGGAUGUGUGUCGUUUCAUCGCGAAAAGUUUGUUCAGUUCGGCCCACCUUCGGGAGGCAAUGGUGGGUCUGGUGGUUCGAUCUACAUUCGUGCGGUCGAGGGGCCGACCACGCUGGCGAGGAUCUCAAGGAGAUUUCGGGGAGCCGACGGACCGCAUGGACAAGGAAGCUAUUUGCAUGGCAAGAAGGCCGAGGAUAAGUACGUCGAGGUGCCCGUUGGAACGGUCGUGACUGCGACGCGACGUCUUCGGAUUCCUGAAGAGGAGGAGGCGGAGGAGUACUACCAGGAUCUGCUCAAGCGAGCAGCGAAAGCAAAGUGGGAUCCGACGGGUAUCGUUGCCAAAGAGGACGUGGUGCUGGCAGCCGAGGAAGCAGAACGGAAACGGUUGAUCCGGUCACGACCAUCGCCCGACUAUCACCGCGACGAGGGGCUUGUUCCUGCCGAAGAGGCUUCCGAAGCUGAAUCACAGACUGCAGCAAAAGUCGAAGAGGCCGAAGAAGACGAGAUCGACGGCGAAGACCUGCUCGACGCUGACACAGCCCGUCAGCUGCAGUCCAUCCGUGACCGCGUCUGGCGUCACUAUCCUCGAGCAGAAGAGACCAACUAUCGACGGAACGAGUUCCGAGCAGCCGAGAUGCGUCUCGCCAUCGAUCGUCGACGACGUCGUCGCUACCUCGCCCAAUCCCAAGCCGGCCAACACGCAAGUCUCACCGCCGCUUCAUCCUCGGACCAGGCCUCCGCGGCCUCCUGUACGCCGUACGAAGACGACAGCUCAUCCGAAGCCGAGCUCUGGAGCAUCGACCUGGACGAGCCCACACCCGCCGAUUCGCCCGGCAUCCUCCUCGCCUCGGGCGGUCGUGGUGGGCUGGGCAACCCCACUUUUCUCUCGACCAACAACCGCUCGCCCAAAUUCGCCACCCGCGGCGAGUGGGGCGAAUCCCUCGAGAUCAGCCUCGAACUCAAACGACCCUCGGACAUCGGGCUGGUCGGUUUGCCGAAUGCAGGCAAGUCGACCAUUUUGCGUUCCAUCUCGGCGUCCAAAGCCCAAGUAGGUCAUUGGCGGUUUACGACGCUUUCGCCCAAUUUGGGCGUGGUACGGUUGGGCUCGGAGGGGAAUGUGAUCGGUGUCGACUCUGCCGAGGUGCAAGAGGGAUACGGGUCGGAUAGUGUUGUGGGGGAGGAGGAGGGGGAAGAGUUUCGAUUGGUGCUGUCGGAUAUUCCAGGACUGAUCGAUGGGGCGAGUGACAACCGUGGAUUGGGACAUACGUUUUUGCGUCACAUCGAACGAUGUGCCCUCCUCGCCUACGUUCUGGACCUGACCGAGCAGGAACCGUGGAAAGAUCUGCAGGUGCUGCACAACGAAUUGGCGAGCUAUCGAGAGGACCUACCGGCCAAGGCGAGGUUGGUCAUCGUCAACAAGGCAGAUCAGUUUGUGUCGCCGGAAGAGAUCGAGGAGGCCAAACGCAAGCUCGAGAGGAUUAAGAGGCAGGUGGUGGAGAUCGCGGAGGAUCAAGAGGCAAUCGGUGGGCGAGGAGAGGCGAUGAAGGUGCUGACGCUGUCGGCCAAGAAGAAGCAGGGUACGCAGGGGUUGGCCAAGACGCUGGUGGAGCUGCUGCGCGCCCAGCGGGCGGCCGAGAGCGAGUCGCUCGGCGAUAAGUUCGAAUGA